GCUGGAUGAGAAGAUGAUGAUGAUGUGCAACAGGAUAUGCUCCUGCCUCGUCUUUACCACAUUACACCCAUGAUCCACUCGCUGUAUGACUCCAGACAACAGGCGCUUCUCCACAUGAGCUCAGACUUAUUAAGAGAUAGAGAAUCAUGUUGGUCUUUCAGAGUACUGCAAUUUGGUGUCUUCUAAUAACAGACCUGCACUUUUUUGCCACCGCAUUAGAAACCUGUAAGACAGCCUGGUUUGAUGAAGGAGAUGUUUCCAGAGAAGGAGACUCCGAGCUCUUGUCUGACUUGAUGAGGAAGCAUCAGAUGAGGAUCUGCUCCGACCCAGUGGAUAUUGAAGCUCAGACGGUUUCUGGGAUCAAGUCACAGCACAGUGGGAACACUUUCCACACAUACAGUGCAUCUGAAGGCCUUUUAUGCCUCAACUCGGAACAGAAAUCCAAACAGUGUGAUGAUUUCAAGGUCAAGUUCACCUGCACAGGACAGUUCUGCUCAGAGUGCAGGACUGACUGGUUCGAUCAUGAUGAUCCGACAGCAAAUGGAGACUAUGAGGUCCUCAGUGACCUCCUCAGCAUUUACCCGAGACAGAUCUGCCCUCAACCAAUAGCCAUCGAGGUCCAGACCAUCUCUGGAGAACCUGCGUCCAACGCUUCUGAUCAUUUUUUAAAUUAUGAUGCCACCUAUGGGUUUGCCUGUGUCAAUGCAGAUCAGCGUAGGAGGAGUUGUGAAGAUUACAAAGUGAGGUUUACAUGUCCCAAAGAGUUCUGUCAAGUGACUCAACAAUGUCGAACACAGUGGAUGAGCAGUGACACCCCAUCAGACGAGGGUGAUGUGGAGUCCAUACUUCAACUAAUGAAAACCUUUCCUGGUCAAGUCUGUGUGAACCCAGUCAGCAUCGAGGCCAAGACGACCAGUGGAAUAUCUGCCAGACACACUGGAGACACCUUCCUCUCGUAUGAUGUCUCUUUUGGAUUUGCAUGCAUCAAUGAAAAACAGAAGAAUAAACAAUGUGAGGACUAUCAAGUGAUACUUACCUGCCCCUCAGAUUUCUGUCAGGGUUGUCGGACACGCUGGUUUAACAUGGACAGUCCCACAGGGCGGGGCGACUAUGAGACCCUUUGCCAGGUGCAGAUGUUAUAUCCCAGUCAGGUCUGCUCUCAGCCUGUGGCCAUUGAAGCCAUGACUGUGUCUGGUGUCCCUGCACACGAGACCGGUGACAUCUUUCAAAUAUACGAUGCUACUUUCGGCUUUGCCUGCGUGACUGCAGAACAGCCUGAUGGAAAACACUGUCAAGACUACAAGGUUCGCUUCACUUGCCCACUGGAUUUCUGUUCAGUAUGAUAAAUCGUUGGUAUACAAAAUAUUUGGGAUCUUACUCUGAAUGGAAGAUUUGGAGCAGCUUGAAAGAGAAGAUUUUAAUUUGUGAAGUGUUUGCUGUUGCCUUUUGGGUCUUUUAGGAUUCCAAAUAAUACUGAUUCCUAACGCCCUACAGUAUUCCUUCAGGACAGGUCAACAUACACAUUUCUUUGUAGUGGGGUGUUCUUAUGAUAUCUUUUAAUUAUGGAAUUAUGUCUGUGAAGAUUCUCAGUCAUCCAGGUCAUGGUAAUUCUUGGAGCUCCAGUAGAAAAGCAACUGGACUUCCUUUAAAGUUCUUGAAGACAUUUUAAAUCUCAAAUGGCUAAUGGUCCAUUAAUAGAUCAAGCCUCACAUGUCUUGAAGUGUCCAUAGUUGUUAAAUUAGCAGGUUUUACCACAACAACUGCAACAAUGGUUGGGAAGUUGCCAGGCAUGGAUGGCUUCUUUCACCCCUCUCUCAAACCAGGCUCCUCCAUCCAAAAUGUGGACACUACCGUCCUCAAAGAAGUGUCCCAUUGUGCAGAUACAGGUAAAGAGCUGAGUUUGUGUAGGUUUCCUGUAAAAGUCACAUCCAAAUAAAUAUACAUAAAUGCCAAACUAAGACAGCUAAAGCUUAAGAAUUAGCGAACAGAAAGUCAGAAAAGCACAACAAGUUGUCACUUUACAAACAGUGACUUGGCUCAAACUUGACUGUUUCAUGAAUACACUAUGGAUGUGUGCAUUAGUUUGUUCUGUUGUAUGAAGACAAAAGGCAUGAAAAGAGCAAACUGCACUUAAUUAUGAAGACUGUGAGUGUGAAGACUUCUUAUUCUGUAUGUGGAGGUUUGGAAAUUGUUUGGAAAUUUGCUAAAAAAAAAAAUUUCUCAUGUAACUUUUAAUAUUGCUCUGGAAAAGACGUAGUGGUGGAAAGUAGCCAAGCACAUUUGCUGAGUCACUGUACUUCAGUGGGACACUUGUACAUUACCUGCGUAUUUCUAUGCUUCUUCUCCGCUACAUUUCAGAGUAAAAUAUGCACUUUCUGCAAAUUUAUUGGAAGGGUCACUAUUGAAGGUAUUGAGGUUUUGUCCAAUGGGCAAUAUAACAAAUUCCUAAAAUACAAUACAUUGUAAAAAAUGAAUCCAGUAGUUUCCAACCUUUUUAUCUUCUGACAUCUUUACAAAACCGGUGUAUAGACAAGUUGUUAACAACUCCACCAAGUGUUGAUUUUUCCCUCUAAACUUCUCACAUGGUUUCAUCUCAAUAAAUGUUAAUAUUUGUACAGAUUUGUGGAUCAGAACUGUGAUCAAAAUGCACAGCAAGGGUUCUGGAAUCAAACUCGUGAAAGGGGUUUGACUCUCUUCUUUUCCAGAAUUGCCCAGAGUGAGAGGUGUGGGGAUACUCACAAGGCCCCGGCUGGAAUUUGAUAUACUGGGCUCACUAUUACAAGCCAUUCAGUCCCUAUACAACCAUAUGUAGAGCUGCAUUUGCUUUCUUAGCAAGUCAGACACAUUUCCAGUGGGUGAUGGACAUCGCCAGGGCUGCUCCUUGUCUCCAAUCCUGUUUGUGGUGUUCAUGGACAGGAUAUUAAGGAGUAGCUGAUGUGAGGAGAGCAGGGCUGGAGUGGAACUUAUUUUCAGCUCUAAAGUUUCAUGCCUCAGACCGGUCCUAUUACUAUUAAAAUCAUGUAAUUAUAACCUUA